CAAGUCUAGAUCUAGAUCUAAAUGUUAUUGUUAAUUAAAAAAAAAAGUUACACUCUAGUCUUAGCAUUGUUACUGUAACUUUAAUUUUUAAUAGAGUGUAACUUCAGUAAUAAACUUGUAGUUGAGUUGUAGAUUCUAACUGUAACUGAACCACACCGUAUUACUCAAGUACUAGAUCUAGAGUCUAGAGACCUAAUCUAGAUACGUAGUCGUAGAUAAUUAGAUAUAUCAAUAAUAACAUCUGCUUUAGGCUUUAGAAUCUCUUAGUCUGUCUAAACUAAAGUCUGUAGUAAAAGUUGUUAGUUAGUAAGUUAGGUAAGUUUGUUUCUUUACUCAAGACUGUGAGACAUCUAGACAAAAUAUUAGUUACUGUAUAGGCUCUACUAGACUCACUAGUGUCUAGAGGAGCAAAGUUAUGCUGUUUUAUGAGUAGAAAAAUGGACUAUAGAAUGCCUGACUUCACACACUGUGUUGUUUCUAACUUUGCCUCGUACUAGUCACAUUGGAGCGAUCAGGGUUAUAUUCACCCCAAUGGUCAAAUCAUGUGAUAGGAUCAUAGCGUCUAGAGAAGCUUUGUCUAAAAGCAUGAAAUUGCACUAAAGAAAAACAAUUGAUUUUAUUUUAAAAUCCAAUGGCGCAAGCAACUAAAAAAAAGCAGCAGUAUGUUCCUGGCCUAAUGGAGCGCCCAGAUGAUCUUCAACCACCACCACAGCCAGUGAAACAGACUGAAGACGAUAUUCUCUUUGAAGCCUUUCGCAGAGAAAUAAAAAAUCCCACCAUGUGUUUGCAUGAAUAUUGUCAGCGACAUGGUUUAGAACUAUCUUUUAGAGAGGAACCUUUGGGCCACAGCGGUGUUGCAUAUGGCAACUUUGGUGCAAGGGCUAUGAUUGAUGGCCUCGCUUAUCAAAUUGGAACAGGAAAAAAUAAAAAAGAAGCUCGAAACGCAGCAUCCAAACUGGCAUUUCAAGUCAUCAUUGGUGACAGUGAUUAUCAACCUGCGCCACUCUUUCCUGAGCUAGAUGACAAUCGCUUUAUAGAAGUAAGGACUUUAACAGAUAUUUGUGAAGAGAGACAGAUCAAGUAUGUCAAGGAGAUGAGCAUAGACCAAUGCGAAAACCAUGUGUGCACUAUAUAUCUUGCUGGGUUUGACCCAAUCAGAAAGAUAAGUGAUGACAAAGAAAGUGCUGUUGUAGCAGCACAUGCAGCAGCUCUUGAAUUGUUAGGAGAAAAACCAGAGAUACAGACAUUGGCUGAUCAACCUGUCAAAUCUACAGAAGGCUACUCACAGUCUUCAGAUAGAAAACCCAACACAUUCCUGGCACUUGAAAGGGAAAAAGCUGCACUGGAAGCCUUUCAGAAUAUUUUUUCAACUUUGCCCCCAGAGCUUUCUCAAUUAAAUCAUCAAAUAGCUUGCAUAUUUCUAGUCAACAGCAGUCUGUCUGGUAUUGGUACCAUAGUAGCUUUUGGUACUGGUAGUGCUAUCAUUCAAGUUGAAGCCUUAACAUCAGAUGGACGAUGUGUGGUAGACAGCACGUGUUUGACCACUGCCAGAAGGUCUUUUAAAAGAUAUCUGGCCCAGGAAAUGUUGUUGUGCUACACACAAAAAAUGUCCAUCUUUGAAAUGGAAGGUGACAAGCUACUGCUGAAGCCUAACUUUACUUUCCAUUUGUACUUGAGUCACCCACCUGACGGAGACUACAAGGAGUUCCUUUCUUACCCUUCUGAGAUAACAGAAACAAUGAGUAAAGAAAUUGAAUUUGGAGCUCACAUACCAACAUUUACAGAUGGAUUGGAUCAUGGUGCACUCAGGUGUAAGAAUGAACAUGGUAUGUUUGAGCUGACUUCACUUAUGCCAAAUCUACACAGCAUUCAUGAAGUGAAGAUGGCCAAUGAAAUGUGGGUCAUGUCAUCUUCAGACAAACUUCUCAGAUGGAAUGUACUUGGUCUGCAAGGAGCAACAUUUAGUCAUUUUAUGAAGCCUGUGUAUCUUACCUCCAUUACCUUAGGCUACAAUCCUGACAAUGACCAUGGCCAUCUCUGCAGAGCAGUUUGUUGCAGGCUUUAUCAUGAGCUAAGCGAGGAGCUUCCUGAUGGGUAUCAGGUUAACCACCCGGGACUUAACUUUGUGCCUGUACCUUCUGGGAUAAAUGUUGAUCUGGAUACCACCAUGUUGUCUAUCAACAAAAGCUUUUACGACUCAAAAGUUGAACUCACUGACGGAUUAACUGGCCGCAGCCAUCCAUUGUCACCAUUUCAAGUUUCUACUACAAAACCUGUCAGCCGGAACUGCAAAGCUGGCUUACACCUUAAAUGGUUCAAAGAGUUGUGUGCCCAGAAUUCUCGCCAUCCAGUUUUAGCAAAAAUACAAAAUAAGUCGUCAGUAGAGGUCAAAGCCAUGGCUAACGGUUAUCUGGCUGCCAAAGCUGCUUUUUUCCAGCACUGUCAACAAAUUGGAAUUGGAAAGUGGAUCCAUGCACCACCUGAGUUAGGCAAAUUUGUGAACUGAAAUAUCCUUAGAACUGUCUGUCUUAAUUUGUUUGUUUCCUCCUUAGCUACUUGUUUAUGUUUUGUAACGUUUGGUCAAUUUAAUAGUAAAUACCUUUCAAUGUUAACAGCUAUAGUAAAAUAAAAUUAAUUCUCAAAGGUGCCUUAUUUUAAGAAACAAACUUAGAGCCACUCUAAGCUUCUGCCUGCAAAUGAUUUUUAAGAAAUUUACUUCUUAUUGCAUUUAUUUUCACUAUCAUUUAUUUCUUUGUGUGUCAGCAAUGUUAUAUUAAUAAUGUGCUUGUUUGAUAUUAUCCUUUGUUUUGUAGAUCUGACCAUUUAUAUGCAGUUCAAUCUUCAUGGAUUAAAGUUUAUUGGAUUGUUUUCAAUAGUUUGAGAUUGCUUCAUGUUAUAUUUCGUUAUAUGUACCAAACACUGCACAGAUCAACUCAUAAUGACAUAAUGAAUGCUUGCUGUGAAUAACAGUAGCAUUUAGACAUUACCAGCACAUUUAUAAUCUAAGAUAGUUGGAUUAAUAAUAUAAUAAUCUUUAUUGUCCAUGUUUGUGUUUGAUAAAGUCAUCUCUCAAGCCUGAGAUAUCAUUCUUUUUUUUUUUUGACAUUCAUAAAGCUAAAAGAUUAUAUUUUAUUCACCAUAUAUUUCUCAUAUUUUCUAAUACUUCUUGUGUUUUUUUUUGGGUGGUUCUUUUUUUGUUAACUCUAUUAAAUGAUCAGGGGUAAUAAAGUUAUUCAGUGCACUGCUGCUUACCAACUGUCUCAGACUUUAAAAAAAAAGCAUCUGAUUUCAACACAAGGAUUGCUGUUGCUUAGAAGUACACAGAGUUGACCAAGUUCUUUUGAUUUUUAGGUCUCAAAUAAAAACUUUUGAAUUGUUGUUCAGGUCAUUGAUUACAUCACAUGUGAGAGGGUGGAAAAAAAUCUCUUAAAAAAUUGAGGGAAUUACAUUUCAAAGUUUAAAAACAGUGCAUGGUCUAUUCCUGUGAUGCCCAACCUAUGACCCCUGGGCCAUAUUCAACUUCAUGAAAUCUGGCCCCUUUCUGCCCACAAUGUCUAAUGAAACAACUUCUAUUGGUUCUAUUAGCUGGAUUUUUUUUUGUUUAAUGGAAGUUUCUAUGGACCAUAGACCAGUCAUGGAUAAGACCCACUGGUCUAGUCCACUGUUGUAUUCCCCAGACCAGUCAUGGAUGAGCACCAUUGGUUUAGUCCACUGAAAUGACUUGAAACUUAAACUGAGUAAAAAGAAAAUUACUUUUACCAUACUAUCCAUAAGGUGCUUUUGUUAAAAACAAAAAAUUAUUCAUAUUUUGAAUUAUUGUAAGUGGUCACAUUUGUUCAACAUGUCAAUGUAUCCUUGACUAAUGAAAUAACCACUUAUAACUGUCCAAUUGAGCAUGAGUAGACUAGUGGAUUAUAAACUUGGUCACAGAUUUAGACUGCCAGGAUUCUUACCACUAAAUUUCAUUUUACUUAAUACUUAUAUGCUUAUGCAUUAGCUGCUCUCAGAGACCAUCUAGGGACAAUCUUUUAUCAUUUGACCAUUUAGGGGCUAUCUCAUUCUUUAAUUGGGCCCAUUGCCUUACUUCAUUUAACUUCCUAGACCCACCUUCUCUCAUUUAAUAUCCAGGGCCCAUCUCCCAUCAUUUAGGCCCCAUACAUUUAAAUGUAUCGGGUACUCUUACUAUUGAAUGUAAUAAUGAUUGUGUUGUGAUACCCCACCCCCCUUUAUUUAGGGGACGGAUGGCUAUUCAGUAUUAAUACUAUAAACAAUAUGUGUCAAAUAUUUUUUGUUUUGUUUUGGACAUACUCUUGUGUACAAAGAUAUUUUUAGAAAGUAUCAAAAUUACCAUGACCUCUUUUAAAUGUUUGAUUGUAAGUCAAUUUGAAUUGAAAAGAUAAUAUCAGCAAUAAAAUCUAUUUCAUUGUGUACCUUGAACUGAUUUACAAAACUGUAAAAAUAAAGAUUUAGAAUAUCAAGAAUGUGUAAAUAAAUACUAGUAAUAAUCAUAUCAUCUAUGCUAAUUAGUCUAAACCAAUAAUAUAUUAUUUCAUGUUCUUUGUAUCCGAUUUUAUAUUAAUUAAAAUAAUGUAAAUGUA